AAGAUGGCGUCAGAUGGCAUUGAAAUUGCUGCCCUGGGUCGACCCUUCACCCUGGGGAUGCUCUAUGAUGCUCGGAAAGAUGCAGUGAUUCAAGGGCUGACAUUGUGGGAUGAGAAAAUUCUACAAGAGCACACGACUGAAACCUCUCUGCACAGCAGCGUGUAUGAAAUUUCUGCCUCCGACUCCAUCGACUCCAAGUCAUCUCUGCUGGACAUCGAAGCGUCUCUGAAGGCCAGCUUCCUGGGCGGACUGGUUGAAGUCGGAGGAUCCGCCAGGUACCUGAACAAUAAGAAGAAAUUCAAGAAUCAGAGCAGAGUGACGGGUCAGUACAAAGCCACCACCCACAACACGAAGCUGGCGGUGAAUCAGCUGGGAGCCCUUGAAGAGCAUCAGAUGGACAUCAUCAGGAAGAGCUCGGCGACACACAUGGUCACCAGCAUCCUCUAUGGGGCCAACGCUUUCUUUGUGUUUGACAGUGAGAAGUUGGAAGACACCAGCGUUCAGGACGUCCAGGGCAAAAUGCAAGCUGUGAUCAAUAAGAUCCCCCUCUUUAAGGUCGAGGGAAACGCGUCCGUCACGAUGACUGACGAGGAAAAAGCGCUGACCUCCUGCAAAUUCUACGGAGACUUCAUCCUCAGCAAAAACCCGACGACGUUUGAAGACGCGGUGACGACCUUCAAAAACAUUUCAAAUGAGCUGAAAGACAAGAAAGAGAACAGCGUCCCGAUGAAGGUCAUGCUCAUGCCGCUGAAGAAUCUGGACAUCAAAGCUCCCGAGCUGAUGAGUGGGAUCAGCGUUGGACUGGUGAGGAAGGCGCAGCACGUUCUGGAAGAUUUAAGGGAAAUUGGAAUGAGAUGCAACGAAUCUCUGGAGGACAGAGUGGUGAAGGGUCUCCCGGUCCUCAAAGAGGAGCUGAGCACUUUUCAGAAACUGUGUGAUCAGUACGCAUCCAGCCUCCAGCAGACCAUGGCCAGGCAGUUUCCCUCCAUCCGUGAAGGCAAAGAAGACGAGAGGUCGGUGGAGGAAGUCUUCGACGGCCGAGACAAGUCGCCAUUCAAUCAGGAACAACUGAGCAAGUGGCUGGAUCAUAAAGAGAGAGAGUUCAACGUGGUCAGGUCCUGCGUGGACAUCAUGAAGGGAACAAAGAUCGUCCUCAGCAAGUCGGAGCUGGACAGAGAGGUUCUUGCUCCGGACGUAACGGAGGCUCUGUGCUUUGUUUUCACCUCCAUGGAAAAGGGCGACACCUACCUUGAUGUCAUGGCCAACUACUUAAAGUCUCCGAAACUAGGAAGCACCAAAGAGGAUCCGUGGUUCUUCUCAAAUGAAGUUUUAAUCACAAUUAGAAAGAAAGCCAGAGCUUUCCGCAGCCACACCGAAGCGCAGAGGAACAACAACAAGAUGCUUUUUCUCAUAGCGACCGUCACAAACGAGAAAUACAUCGGAGCCACCAUCUACCACUACAGGGACGGCAUUCUGGUCUCUGAGGAUUUCACCAAGCCGGACCUCCCUCCUGUGGAAAGCAUCACAGACAGAAGACUGCUGCUGUGGUAUGCCACUGAUCUCACCCUGGACCCAAACACUGCACACCGCUCCAUCACUCUGUCCCGGGAAAACAAGAUGGCAUCGUAUGGAACAACCCAGUCGUAUCCCGAUCACCCCGAGAGGUUCACCCAACAUCAGCAGGUGUUAUGCAAAGAGGGCUUAUCUGAGCGCCAUUACUGGGAGGUAGAGUGGAGG